CCCCCAUCCCAUCCCAUCUCAUCUCAUCUCCGACGCGGCAGAACCUCCGGAUCUUUUUACCGAGAGCCGUAGCAAUUGUUUGUUUUCCUGUAGUCGUUGUCGACCAAGUCUAUGCCAGCGAGACAUCGCCUCGCGACAGUUGAGCUCCGCCCACCGCCUCACCAUAAGGUCGUCUGAUGACCCGAACCAUUUAUACCACCACCGCAUAUUCAGAUAGGACUGCGCGACUAGCGCCGAGCGUCCGGCAUGGCUUCGUCAUCCUCGAACGUCGUGGGUGUACACUAUCGAGUGGGGAAGAAAAUCGGAGAGGGCUCGUUUGGCGUCAUUUUUGAAGGCACAAACCUCCUCAAUAGCCAGCAGGUUGCCAUCAAGUUUGAACCCAGGAAGAGCGAUGCUCCGCAGCUGCGUGACGAGUAUCGGACGUACAAGAUCCUCGUUGGUUGCCCUGGCAUUCCCAAUGUCUACUACUUUGGCCAAGAAGGCCUACACAACAUUCUCGUCAUCGACCUGCUUGGCCCGUCGUUGGAGGACCUCUUUGACCAUUGCAACCGGAGGUUCAGCCUCAAGACGGUUUGUAUGGUAGCGAAGCAGAUGCUGUCGCGUGUCCAAACGAUUCACGAGAAGAACCUCAUCUACCGGGACAUUAAGCCGGACAAUUUCCUUAUCGGGAAGCCCGGCACCAAGACCGCCAAUGUAAUCCAUGUGGUCGACUUCGGUAUGGCAAAGCAAUACCGCGAUCCCAAGACAAAGCAGCAUAUACCAUACCGGGAGCGCAAGUCGCUUUCGGGUACUGCACGGUACAUGAGCAUCAACACCCAUCUUGGCAGAGAGCAGUCGAGACGAGACGACCUCGAGGCAUUGGGUCAUGUCUUCAUGUAUUUCCUGCGCGGUGGUCUGCCUUGGCAAGGUCUCAAGGCGGCCACCAACAAGCAGAAGUACGAGAAGAUUGGCGAGAAGAAACAGACGACCCCUAUCAAGGAACUGUGCGCCGGCUUUCCUGAGCAGUUCGAGAAGUACCUGAGCUACGUCCGCGGCCUCGGCUUUGAGGAUGAGCCCGACUAUAACUAUCUUCGUGGCCUGUUUACCGAGGCUCUUCAGGCUGCCGGGCUAGUUGAGGACGGCGAGUACGACUGGAUGAGGAAGCAGGACAAGAAGGGGGACUGGAACCGCCAAGCCCUGCACGACCCAAACUCUCGGCCCGGGGCAUCUGCCAUGGAACUCCACGGCAACUCGCGGGGGGCCACCACUCGUCACCAAAGCGACCCGCAAGCCCCGGGACUGACCGCAGCUCGUUUAAACGCCACGCAACCCCCGCUGCCGCGCCAGGUUAUGGGACAGCAACCGAACCAAGGGCGGCCAAACGGGCCCGGAUUGGCAAGUCCGCGCUCACCGGCGGCUGGGGGUUACAUGCAAGCGGCGCCGACGCCGACUGGCUCGACCCAGGCGCAGUUCCAGACAAGCACCCAGAACCUGCCCCAGCGGCCAAUGACCCAGUCGCCCCAAAUGAACAGCCCGGCCCAGCCGCAGAAUAACACCCAGCAGCCUCAACCGACGGGCUUCCAGAAGUUUAUGAAGACGCUGUGCUGCGGCUAGUUGUCCUGAUGCUGAACUUUUUCUCUUUUUUCCACGUUCCAUUGUCUGGCG